CUAUCUUCGUAUUAUUUUUGGCGUCACAAAUACUUCUCCACCACCACCGCUUCACGAAUCCGCGUUGCUGUCAAAUACCUACUGUACACGCCCUGUCGCUCUGCCACUAUCAACACCAAACGGGAAUUCAUCGCAGCCUAACCCUGCAGCACCCCUUGCACUCUCAACCACCCUCAUCGUCUGCAAUCAGGCGAGGCUGCUUCGCACCUUCGACCAUGGCUCGGUAGAGACGACACCUUCCCGCAAUGCUCCCGACCGUCACUGGCCGCCGGCCCUCCUCCAAUGCCCCUCUGUCCCCGGCCACCACCAAAUUCCCCGACUUCUCGCCGGCACACGACGAUGCGACUGCCUUGAGCGCCCAUGAGGAGGAACCUCACAGUCCAAGCCCGCACGCGCAUACCAAUGGCCAUCCCAUAGCCUCACAUGCUCGGCUUCCUUUCAAGAGACAGGAUACAUGGCGUGCAUUGAAGGACAAGACUUGGCAGGCCGUGGUACGCCCCAACCGACAGAAGAGCUUGGGAGAAGCGAUACGAAGCAGCAGAGAGCGCAAAGCGAGUAUCACCGAGUCGGCGCACGAAAUCGCCGACUCUCUUAAAGCACCCGUGUCUCUCAGGCUCGUGUUGCUCUGUCUGGCUUGGUUCGCAUCCUCCAUCGUGUCCAACGCUUCCUCCAAGGCCAUCUUGACCGCUCUCCCUAGACCCGUCACCCUUACCAUCGGCCAGUUCGCCCAGACCGCCGCAUGGUGUCUCUUUAGCUCCUGGCUUGCAAAACACAACCCCGGCCUACGAAACGCCAUGCCGAUCCUGCGCAACGGUAUCCGCCGCCCUUCUAAAGAGAUCCUCAUGACCACCCUUCCCCUUACCGCCUUCCAAAUUACCGGCCACAUCCUUAAUUCCGAUGCAAUGUCCCGAAUACCUGUGGCUCUCGUGCACACCAUCAAAGGUCUCUCUCCUCUCAUGACCGUCUUCGCCUACCGGAGUUGGUUCAAUUACGAGUACUCCCGCGCGACCUACUUAUCUCUAAUCCCGCUUACCAUCGGAGUCUUCAUGUCCUGCUCCGCCAGCUUCCAAGCCAACUUCCUCGGCUUGCUCUACGCCUUCGGCAGCACCGCCGUCUUCGUGGCGCAGAACAUCGUCUCGAAGAAACUCUUUACCGAAGCAGCCAAAUCCGAAGCCGAAGGCCUCCCCAUUAACCGACAGAAACCGGACAAACUCAAUCUCCUCUGCUACUCCACCUCCCUCGCCCUCCUCUUCACCUUCCCCCUCUGGCUCUGGUCCGAAGCCUUCCCCAUGCUCGCAGAAUACUGGGACGAAGGAGCCAUCGAACUCCGCCAGCGCCCCGGAUCCUUAGACCACGGCGCCCUAGCCGUCGAGUUCUUCUUCAACGGCUUCUUCCAUUUCGGCCAAGCGCUCAUCGCCUUCACGCUGCUCGGCCUUGUGUCGCCCGUGUCCUACUCCGUGGCCAGCCUCAUCAAGCGCGUUGCCGUCAUCCUCUUCGCCAUCGUGUGGUUCGGUAACCCGAUGACCACGUUCCAGGCCUGUGGCUUCGCCCUCACCUUCAUCGGUCUCUACCUCUACGACCGCACCGCGGACGCCGACAAAGUCGAUCGGAGGGAGAGGGCGAAGCGGGAAGCGGCUAGACCACUCCUGCCAACCAGCGCGACGAAUUCGAAGAGACCUGUCGAGCCCUUGGCAAUGCCGCUGCUGGUCAGCGGUGAGGCCCCGAGGCCUUUCGUCGGUGGCAGCGGGUACGUGAAUGGGGAUGUGAUAGGUAGUGGUCCUGGCAGACCACGCAGCACCAAUCCGCUUUCUCCAAGUGCGAAUGGCGCGCCGGUUGCACCACAAUUGGGUGAGAAGGCCGACGAGCGGUGACGUCCGCACGGGUCCGUUUUGU